AUGCACUUCGUCAUCUUUCUCAGCGUGCUAGCAACCCUCCUACCAGCCUUCCACGCCGCUGCUCUCCCAAACCCAAAUCCAGACCCAAAUCUCAAUAUCAUCAUCGACCUGCCAUCGCCAUCGGAGGUCGGCCCAAAAUACAAAUCCAAAGUCCUCCCUGCCUAUGCAGCAACUUUCACACCCCCGCCGCCACCUCCUCCUCCACCGAUGCCAGAGUGUCUAGGCAGCUGGCAAUGUCCCAAAGGAAUGAUGUGCAAAGACAAUAAAUGCAUCGCUAAGAAGGAUUCACACUUUCAGAUCCCGAGUGAAAAUCGGAAGUUGGAGAUGGUUUUAUCUGAGGGGGAUGGUGGGCCGAAACUGCCGUGUGAGAAGCAUUCGGAUUGUGGUGCUGAUGGGUAUUGUUUUCGCAAGGAGUGUAUAUUGUAG